AUGGCAGCUGAACACAUUGACGACAAACAAUUCUGGUUGGCCAUUACAAUAUUAAUAAAAAACUAUCACGCUUUGAAUAAAAAGAUAUUCGAGGUGAUUAUUACAGAAGUGCAGAAACAGCAACAUGGACAACUGUAUGAUUCCGACGAAGAUGAACUGGAGCAGCAGCUACAGGCAAAUGCAUCUGAGAGGACAUGUGAAGGCUUUAAGAUUUACUUCAAGAUGUUGACCAAAAAGCUGGAGACAAACAUUUUGGCCAAUGGAACAUUGAAUUUCGGCAAGCAAAGUUAUGAAUGCCAUUUUGUAGGCGAAGAAUCUUUUGAUGAUUUUUCCGUGCAUUUAAAUGCAGGACAGUUCAGAGUGGAGUCAAAAUCAAAUUCCCGGUUUGCAGAGUUUGUUUUAAGGCCAAGGCUUUGCAAUUGGUCACAAAGCAAACGGGAAGAAGGAGCUCAGAAAUCGUUACGUUUGGUGGAUGUCGAAAAGUAUAAUGAUCUUUACAAGCAGCUUAAACUGAAGCAUUCCGAGAGUCUACUAAAGCUUUGGGAAACAGCAAAGGAAAGCACAGAUCCAUUAAAGUUCAUAUACGAAGAUUUGGCCAUUGCUGCUUACCUGAUAACGUUGUGGACCUCCACACAAACGGAACCAAAUGCAUUUGCUGAUUUGGGAUGCGGCAAUGGCCUCCUGGUGCAUGUGCUCAAUGCGGAGGGACACAAAGGCUAUGGCUAUGAUGUACGGAAGCGAAAACUUUGGUCCCUUUACUCGGAGCAGACAAGUUGCAACCUCGUUGAGCGAACUGUGGAACCAAACAGUUUUCGUUUCGAAUUUGAAGGUAUUGACUGGAUCAUAGGCAAUCAUUCCGAUGAACUAUCACCCUGGUUGCCGGUACUCGCAGCGCGUCUGAAAACAAACUUCUUCCUGCUUCCUUGCUGUCCAUUUGAGCUGUCUGGUGCCAAGUUUCAACGUCGUAACACUUCCAUAAGUGCUUAUCAAGAUUUUGUUCUCUAUGCUAGGCAAAUAUCGGAUCGAUGUGGAUUUGAAACACAACAAGAUCGCUUAAAGAUCCCAAGCACGAAGCGCAUAGCUCUGAUUGGUCUAAAAGGGUCGGCUAAAAGUACUGCGAACUUGGAAGAUUUUGUACAAAACGAGCUUCAAAAGUACCAAACAGGAGAUACAAACGCUGCGAUAAAAUUGCGUGAGAAAACUGAAACCGUCAGAAAUUGCACACAGGUCGAAAAGAGCAUUCUGGAUUCUCUGGUAUUGAAAAUCUUUCAUAUGCUGCUGGACAAUACAGAGAGAACAAAUGAUACUUCUUGGAUGGCAGGACGACAGCUGAAAAUGCGCGAAAUUGUACAGUCCCUGACCAAAGAGGAGUUGAGCGGCAUCAAGUCAGAGUGCGGUGGAAUCAAGACCUUACUGAGGAAUAAACAUGAGGUAUUUAAGUUUUGCGGCAAUGAUCUAAUUGGCAUCCGUAGGCCUGAAGGAAUUCCUGCGAUACGCUCCAAGUCACAUACCAUUAAGAAACGUUCAUGCUUCUUUAAACUACAUCAUCCCCAGGGAUGCCCCUUAGAGGAAAGUGACUGCUCAUUUAUACACUAGUUUUCGUAGUUAAAUAUUUAUAAUUUGCAUGUUGUCAUUACAAUAAUAAAAUCAUGUCAAAGAACAAA